CCGUAGCUUUCGCAUUCAUGUCCUGGAAUUCCCGAUCCAUGGUCGCGCGUUAUCAACCUGCUACAGAUCUCUCAACAAAGACGAAGAUGCUGUCAGUUUCACUUCUUAUCUUCGGAAGAAAUAUCACAAUCGGACUGGAAUGGAGUGAGCAAAGCCUAAUACAAAGGCAACCCUAAAUCAAGAAGGAUUGGCGAUCACAAGCCCCAGAUAAAGCCAUGGCCGUUUCGCCAUCUGCUCAUCAGAUAUGGAUCCUCUUGAUUUUGUUUGGGUUGGGGUUCGCAUGCGGGCCUGCGGAGGCCCUCAAGGUACCAUUCCGAGCAAAAGAUGCGCUCCCGAUUCUCCCCCGCCAGAUCUCCUGGUCGGUGAUGAAUACCUUCCACAGCGCUGUCGAUCUGCUGCCUGCGUUUGUGGGGUCCGUCGUCCCUGAAGGGCACUCUAUCACGUGGAAGGGGGCGUGCUUCUUAGAGAACGAGGCACGUCUCGAGCUGACGGAUGACGAUCGGGAGAAUGGCCGUGGAGGAGGUGUUCUGUAUAUAAAGACUAGUGUAGCUCAAAGCUGGGCUUGUAUGGAUCUCUAUGUCUUUGCGACUCCAUAUAGGAUAAUUUGGGAUUACUACUUUUCUGCUCGUGAACACACUUUAGAAAUAAAGUCAUGGGAAGAGGCGGCAGAAAAGGAAUAUGUAAAACAACACGGUCUAUCUGUAUUUCUCAUGCCAUCAGGAAUGUUGAGGACAUUUUCAUCAUUGAUUGAUGUCCUGCCCUUAUUUUCUAACACUAGAUGGGGUCAGAAUGCUAAUCUUGCCUUUCUAAAAAAGCAUAUGGGGGCUUCAUUUGAAAAACGAUCACGUCCUUGGGUUACUCAUAUUAGAGAGGAAGAUGUUCACACUGGGGAUUUUUUGGCCGUGUCAAAAAUACGGGGUCGUUGGGGUGGAUUUGAGACACUGGAAAAAUGGGUCACAGGUUCAUUUGCUGGUCAUACAGCAGUUUGCUUGAAAGAUGAAAUGGGCAAGCUUUGGGUUGGAGAAUCAGGACAUGAGAAUGAAAAGGGUGAGGAAAUUAUUGCGGUAAUUCCAUGGGCAGAGUGGUGGAAGCUGGCACGAAAGGAUAAUUCUAAUCCCCAGAUUGCUUUGCUUCCAUUACACCCUGAUCUGCGUGCAAAAUUUAAUGCUACUGCAGCAUGGGCUUAUGCUAAGAGUAUGUUAGGAAAGCCUUAUGGUUAUCACAACAUGAUAUUCAGUUGGAUUGAUACAGUUACUGAGAAUUAUCCCCCUCCUCUUGAUGCUAAUUUGGUGAUGUCCAUUAUGUCUAUGUGGACUAGAUUACAACCUGCAUAUGCUGCUAACAUGUGGAAUGAGGCCCUUAAUAAGAGGCUGGGAACUGAGGACUUGGACUUUCAUGAUAUUAUUGCGGAGACGGAGCGACGAGGAAUGACUUUUGAUCAGCUGCUCACAAUUCCCGAGCAAGAUGAUUGGGUGUAUAGCGAUGGAAAAUCAACAACUUGUGUUGCCUUCAUUUUGGAAAUGUACAAAGAAGCUGGAAUAUUUGAACCACUCUCAAGCUCCAUUCAAGUAACUGAAUUCACUAUUCGCGAUGCGUACAUGCUCAAAAUUUUUGAGAACAACCGAACGCUGCUACCGAGCUGGUGCAAUGCCGAGGUCGAUGACCUGCCUUUCUGUCAGAUACUCGGAGAGUACCGGAUGGAGUUGCCGCAGUACAAUACGCUCCAACCUUAUGCGAAGAUGAAUGAGAAUUGCCCCUCUUUGCCCCCAACCUAUGAAAGACCUGUGAGUUGCUGAAUCCUUAUUUUUGGAAUGCCUCAAAUCUGCUUAUGGUGGUGGGGGUUUAUGGCCUCUUUGAUAGCACCAUUGAUACAGCCAGUCAUUUGCAAGAGAAAUGUAUAUAUGGCUUAUGCUACUUAUAUGCUGUUCUUGUGAUACUUGUUGCAUUGUUUGCCAUUUCAUUCAAGAUAAUAAAGUGGCAUUCAAUGGCUUAAAAUGUCUUCUUUUGGUUGAAAUAUUUUCUUUAUCGUUCUUGAUUGUGAUUUCCUUCGCCUCUCCGCUGGUUAGUACUUGAUUAUGAUUU